CUCUAUUGCGGGUGAGUAGGCCGUCACUGUUGGCACCCAAACUGCCAAUUGUUGGAGCUGUAGGAGUACCCUUCAUCGUUCAAAAGGUAAGUUUUAAUGAAUUACUGAAACCUUUUAGUUAUAUAUUCCAAGAUGAAACAUAUAUUAUAAUUUUUGUUUUCAAUUAUUUAUGUAAAUUAUUACAUAACCAUGGAUAAAUUGUUGUAACUAUCUAAGUUAUCAUUUAUAAAUAUUUAAACAUAACUUAUUAAUAUAAAAAAAUUAUCAAUUUUUAAAAUAUGGCUUGUUUGAUUUUUGAGAGAAAGAUAAAUAAAUUCUUUUUGAAUAAGUAAAUGAUAAUUUAAUUUCAUAAAAUAUAAUAAUAUUUUUUAAAUUUUAAGGGACUUAAUUGUUAUCAAAAAUUUUAAUAAAAUAAUAAAAAUAUUUUUAAUAUAAAAAAUAUAGCUUUAGUUUUAAAAUUUAUAAUUUUACUAAAAUGAUUAAAGCAUUCAUAACUUUCUCUAGUGAUUUUGCGACAUAUAAAUAGCCAACUUCCCGAGUUGUUCAUCAAGGGACGUUUCACUUCACUGGUCUUGCCCUCCCUCCCUCGCUUGUCCCUUGGCUUCGCAAUUCACAUGACCUCCCUCCUAUUGGGCAUGACGGUUUCUCCAUUUUGGAAGCUUUAGAAUUCCCUCACUUCCUACUCCUCUGCACCACCAGCCACCUUCUUCUCCGGCUCUUUUGUUUUCAUUCUCCUCUUAACAUGUUGCGUUGUCUCAAUUCCGACUUGACGGUGUUGGAACGGCAGAGGAUGAGGUUGAAGUGGCAACAAGAGCAACAUCAGCUUCAAUCUCACCAAAGCCAGAGCUUCUAUGGCGAUUCUGCGCUCGGUGAGGUGGUGGCCCGCUCCAUCAAGCCUGAACUGGGCCACCUCCGCCUUCCCGGUUUCGGCUUGGAACGGAGUUCUGCAAUUUCGACGACUUCCAUGGCAGCAGUUGAAGAACCCAGAGGCAGAGACUCUGUUUCAGAGAAGGAAAAGACGAGCUCUGCAUGCGGGAAACACAGCUUCAAGAAGAGAAAAUCCGAUAGGGCUGCUAGCUCCAAGGUUGUUGCAGAAAGUGAAAGCAGAGAGAAGAAGAUGAAAGGAAGCGGAGAGGAAGGGAAAUCCAAAAUAACAGAGCAGAAUAGCAGCAAGAACACCACUACCAACAACAAAGAAAUAUGUAUGGGUUCCUCAAAGGGAAAUUCGAAGGCGUCCGAGGUUCAAAAGACAGAUUACAUCCAUGUCCGAGCACGUCGUGGCCAAGCCACUGACAGCCAUAGCCUAGCAGAAAGAGUUAGAAGGGAAAAGAUCAGCGAGCGAAUGAAGUAUUUGCAGGAUUUAGUGCCUGGUUGCAACAAAAUCACAGGAAAAGCUGGAAUGCUUGACGAGAUCAUCAACUAUGUUCAAUCUCUUCAACGCCAAGUUGAGUUCUUGUCCAUGAAAUUAGCUGCUGUAAACCCAGCACUUGACUUCAACCUUGAUGAUGUGUUCUCUAAAGAGGUUUUUAGUACUUGUGGUCCAAGUUUUGCAGCGAUUGGGAUGGGAUCAGAUAUGAACAAUCCAGCUUAUCUUCAGUUCAACUCAGGGCAGCAAUUUCCUGCUUCAAUUCCGGAAACGUUCCUUGACUCCUGCUGUUUUCCUCAAUUUCUACCAUCCUCUACUUACGAGUCUAAUCUUCAUAAUACAAUCAAUCUGGGUUUUGAUCAAGCACAAGCAUCAUCAUCAUCCUUUCUUUCCCGGCCAUUCAUAGGUGUAAUUGAAGCUAGCAACCCAAAGAUGGAGAUGUAGACAAUAAAUUGUUUUUUAUAAUUUUGUGGGAUGAAUUUUCUCAGUUCCAAUGGAUGCUUAUUAUCGUGAUUCUUUUUUUUUUUUAAUAAGUACAUAACCAUAUAUUAUUGUUUGUAUACUCACUCCGUUGUAUAAAUAAGAUCACAAUAAUAUCUUUUAACUUCA